GUCUUCUCCCUGGACAAAGUGGAUGCCUUUCAGGACUUCUACAGCCCCUUCAAGGCUGAUGUGAAGAACAACAUGUUGGAGCGCUGUGCUGAGCAGAUCGCCACCCUGUGUGCCACACUCAAAGAGUAUCCUGGAGUCCGAUACAGAGGGGAGUACAAAGACUGUGCAGUUCUGGCUCAGAUGCUUCAGGAGAAGCUGGAUGGUUACAAGGCUGAUGACCCCACCAUGGGAGAGGGUCCAGACAAGUCUCGCACUCAGCUGCUCAUUCUGGAUCGCGGCUUUGAUCCUGUGUCUCCCAUCCUGCAUGAGCUCACGCUGCAGGCCAUGGCCUACGAUCUGCUGGGCAUCGAGAACGACGUCUACAAGUUUGAGACCAGUGGCAUGGGAGAGACGAGGAUGAAGGAGGUGUUGCUGGAUGAGGACGAUGACCUGUGGCUGACUCUGAGACACAAACACAUCGCAGAAGUGUCGACGGCUGUGACUCGUUCUCUCAAAGAGUUCUCUGCCAGCAAAAAGAUGAACACUGGAGAAAAGGUAGAGGACACACUGUAUCACUGUGCUCCUGUUUCAGGAUCUGUUACUGAGUCUCAGUUCCUGACUGUCCUUCACACUGAGGCAGAGGAACAACACGCAGUGCUCUAG